AACAAUUGUUGCGUAAUUUUACACUGAAAUAUUUUGUUUUGAACAUAUAUUUCUUAAGUUAUAAUUUGAAAUGCCAAAUAUUGAUGACAACAUGUAAUUGCAGUUUUGUGAUUAAUUGUUUUUGUUCUCAAGAUUAAUCUCCAAUCGUUCGUCAUAUUAUAAUAAGUACAUGAAAUUUAUGGUUUAAAGUAAAUUGUUGUUGACCUCGUACUUAAUUAUUUAUAUACAAAAAUAUAUCUAUUAUUUUAUUUUAGAUAAGUUUUAAUUUCUUUAAAUGUAUAUUAUGGAACAUGGAUAUGAUGAGGAUGUUUCACUCAAUCAAUUUUUGAUAUUCCUUUGCAAACAUUAUGAAAAUAGUUUUUAUGAAGCAAUUCAGAAUGAAUGGCUCAUAUGUAUCCCAAGAGAAGGUUCUUUUUCAAAAAAUAUAUAUUCUGAAUUAGAUAUUAAUGAUCAUAUUCUGAAACCUAGGGCAGAUUCAAAUUUGAAUUUUGAUACACUUAGUGGUCAUCAGGUUUCAAUUAAUAAUAAAACGAUUAAAUGCAAUGUUGAAAAUAAAACAAGAACAGUCAAUAUACUGUUUAUUGAAACUUGUUAUACUGAAGAUGGUCUCAGCUAUAAAAUAAUUUGUAUUGAUGGGCCAUUAACCAGUUCUUCUACCGUAGAAGAUAUAAUAGUAAUAAAGUCUGUGAGGGACUGUUCAAUAUUUUUAUAUUCUAAAAACAACAAAGUUCUAUUAAAAGAUUUAAGAUUUAUGAUUGAUACCUUCUUAGUAUCCAAUGAUUUUUCUAACAUGCAUAUAGAUGAAAAAAAAAAAAAAAUUAAUAUUCUGUAUAAAAAGUGUUUUAAAAGAGCCUGUGAUUAUUUUAAACAUCGUGGCAACUUUUUUCGGGAUAAUAUAAAAUUAGUUAUAGAAUAUUAUAUACUUAAUAAACUGUAUACUACUUUAAUAACUGAUGUAAAUAUUUAUGUAGCAAAUGAAGAUGCAAUGUUAAAUAAACUUAUUCAAAAUUACUCAAAUGUUCAACUAGACUUAGAAGUUGAUAAAGAUACAGAAGUUGUGAUACCAAGUGCCAGAUGUGAAUUAUCUAAACUUAAUAUUCAUAAGUCUAUUAUUGGAAAAUAUAAAUGUUUAAAAGAUACAUUUUUAAUGUUAUCUAAUGGAAAUGAACAUUUUAGUGUUGACAAUCUUUUGAAUGCAUUAGUAAAUCUUAUCUUACAUUGUAAAAUAUCUAACUGGAAUGCACAAAUUCAUUUCAUGAAGCAUUUUACAAUGAGUGGUAUCAAAGAAUAUGAUGACAAUUUUUAUUUAACCUGUUUAGAAGCAGCUAUUGAACAUAUAAAGACAUAUAAUUUUAAAAUUGAAUUGUAUAUUAAUUCGAAUGACUCAAAGUUUAAUAAUUUAUAUAAUUUAAUUCGUAAUGGAGAUUAUCAAAAGAUCAAAGAAUUAUUGAACUAUGUAAAAAGUCAAAAGUCUAAUUUAAUGUGUCAUCCAUUGUGCGAGUGUGAUAGCUGUAUGAAACAAAUACAAAUGCAACCAAUAGUUUGUGUAAACUUUAAAGAUGAUCAGGGUCUUACACCUCUUCAUAUUGCAGCUUUUUAUGGAAAUCCUCUUGUUAUUGAAUUACUAUUAAAGUAUGAAUCAGAUAUAAAUGCAUUGGAUAACUUUAUGCGAACACCUGUUCAUUAUGCUGCCCUAAGAGGACAUCAAAAUGCUCUAUUAUUUUUAUUGCAUAAUAAAGCUAUAAUGAGUGGUGAUAAUGAAGGAAAUACUCCUUUACAUUUAUGUUGUUUAAAUAGUCAUGAAGCUUGUGUGAAAGCUUUACUCUAUUUUAUGGAAUUUUCUGAUUUAAAUUUUGAUAUAAAUGUUCAAAAUAAUCAAGGUAACACAUCACUUCAUUUGUGUUUUAAAUGGGGUUAUUCAAAUAUUGUUGAAAUUUUACUUGAACAUAAAGGUGAUCCUACAUUGUGUAAUCGUAGAGGACAAACAUGCUUAGAUUGUGCUCAUAAUUUAAAAAUGAUAAAUAUGUUUUCAGCAUUGAAAAAAAAUAGCAUAGAAUGUGUUAGAAAGCGAAGUGUUGAAGUAAUCAAUUUACAAAGAGUUAUAGAUAAAAUAUUAACUGCAAUAACUGAUGGAGAUAUACGGUUGGCUCAGUACUAUUUAAAAAUUGAAGAUGAGAAUCACUGUACAAAUGAGUGCAUGUUUGUUAAUAGUGCAAAUAUUAAAGGUUACACGCCAUUACAUAUAGCUGCCAUGUAUGGACAAAAUAGUAUAUUGAAUAUGUUAAUUAAGCAUGGAGCAGAUAUAAAUGCAGAAACUAAUAGUGAUAAAUUUACUCCGUUGCAUUUAGCUGUACAGAAUUUUAUGCACAAAAGUAUUAUAAUUUUACUAAGUACCAAAAAAUGUGACAUAAACAAACAAGAUAGUAGUGGUAGUAGUGCUUUGCAUUAUGCUUGCUCUAAUGGAUGCAAUGUUGAUAUUAUAGUAUUACUUCUUAAAAAUGGUGGAGAUUUGGGAGUGAUUAACAAUAUGUUCACUAGUGCAUUAGAUAUCCUGAACAAAAAUUCAGAAUUAAGGCAAAUGGUUUUAAUGAAACAAAAAGUACAUUAAUUAAACAUAUUUCUUCUAAAAUUUUUAUUAAAUGCAAUGAUGUAACAUUCAGAUAUGGACAAAUGAAUGAACUAAAGAGACUGCUAAUAACUUUUAACAUUUUUUUUUUUAUAAUUUGUUUUAGUAUUAUGUAUAAGUAUAAUAUAUUUAUAGUUUUGUUAUUUAUUUUUAUAAUUUAUGUAUGUUAUUUUUUCAUUCUAAGUUUAUGUUAAUUUCUUAAAGUUUUUUAUAAUAAAUAAAAAUACAUUGAA